GGGUAGGCGCCGCCAUGAUGAACAGCGGCGGCAUCGGGGUCCCCUUGGGCUUCCCCCUGGGUCCCACGUCCGUCAUCCAGGUCACCAACCUCUCCUCGGCCGUGACCAGCGAGCAGAUGCGGACGCUCUUCGGCUUCCUGGGAGAUAUCGAGGAGCUGCGUCUCUAUCCCCCGGACAACGCACCUCUUGCUUUUUCCUCCAAAGUAUGUUAUAUUAAGUUUCGUGAAGCAUCGAGUGUUGGUGUGGCCCAGCAUCUAACUAACACGGUUUUUAUUGACAGAGCUUUGAUAGUUGUGCCCUGCGCAGAAGGUUGGUAUUUUAGACAUUCUUCUGUAAUGUUGGUCUUUGUUGUGUUUGUUAAUUGUUUUAAGCUUUCUGUGUAAGGUGAUGCUCUGUUGUUGUUUUAUUUUAUUUUAUUGCUUUUUGGAAAAAAACGGCCUUGAAACAAAAUGGAAAAUUGAAUGAAAAAAGCCCCAGUUACACAUGUUUAAUUGAAAUUCAGCAUUAGCAAAAAGAUAGUUGGUCUAAGUUAUGAUAACUCAGAUUUCCAUAGUUAUUAUGUAUUUUGAAGGAAAAGAAAGGAAAAUAAUUCCUUUCACUACAUUUUGUGUAGGGAAGUGUAUUUGCACAGAGUUCUCACUGAAGUCAAUGGAGCUCUGAGAAGAUCAGGCAAUUUCCUGACACUUAACAUGGCAAUUUGAAUCUUACUGUAUCACUUCUGCUGUAGAAACUUUUUUUGCUGAUUUGUGCUUUUUUAAAGAUACUGAUUAUAUCUGCAUUUUUAGAGUGAAUCCCAGUUUUGUCUUACAGACCUGAUACACUCAUUUGGCCAUUUUAGAGUCAUCUAAUCCAAGAUACUUAGCAUUCAAAAUACUGUUUGAAUAUAAAUGUUUAUCUGCUAGUUUAAUUUUUAAACAAACAUUUUUCCUUCUUGUUACUGUUGAAAAUGUUACUUCAUGUGCCAUUAAAAAAUUUCCUUAUGUAUACUGGUACUCCUUUUUUGUUUUGGCUGUUUAAAUAUGCAGUGAUCUGUCCAGAAUGCUCCCAUCAUAAAAUGUUCUUUAAAACAUUACUAAUAUAAUGUAAUUGCAUUAAAUAUUCUUUAAAACAUUAUUAAUGUAAUGUAAUUACAUUGUCUUCAUGAGAUAAAAUGCUUGAUGAAUACUACAUUGGCAGAUGUUCCUUCCCCUAGCUCUGAGGCCAUGCUUUUACAGAUGUGUUGAGUACAAGACAAUUUGUGUUGUUAGUAGAAGCAUCCUAGAUUUGAAUACAAUUACAUGAAGCAGGGUCCUGUGGCAGGCAUGUCAAUGGAUUUAGGCAGAGCCCCAUUGACUUCAUUGGGAUCACUGUGGAAUUUAGCCUCUGAGUGGUGCUGGACCUUUUGCCUCUUUGGAAUGGAAUCAUUCCAGCUGAUGGAGUGAACCUGACUUUACUUUCAACUUGGUUGCUGUUUUGCCAUGAACAACAAUAUGUAGAGUGAUUGAAUUGUAAACUGUAGCAGAUCAAGAAAUACCUCUUAUUAACAUCUCUAACUUGCAAGAGUCAUGUUUUGGUUCAAAAAAGUACUAUUGACUUCUUGCAGUUUGUUAACAGUGGUCCCAGAGUACCAUGUUUUGGCGUGUAUGCUGCAUCAUGAUCUAGAUAAUGUGAGAUAAGUGCUGCUAUAAUAUUCGUCUGGGACAUUCUUAACAAACUGACAAGUCUCAAAAAUUUCACAAACUAUAAAAGUACUUUCACUAAAGGCUAUAUUGACCUACAGUAUACUGCCUGUUCUUGAAGCUUUCUUAGGCAGGUCAUACAGCACAUAUAUUUAUCUUUGUAAAUAGGCCUAGGUUUUUAGUUUCUUUUGUGUCUUGUUUUGGGGACUCUUCAUUUUCAUAUUUUUAACUUGUUCUUGAACCACAAAGAGAAUAUUGCUGUAUGCACUGCAAAGUGUUUAGAAGCUAAGCGCACCAGAGUCUCCAGUUGAAGAAUUGCCCCUAAAUAAAUAGACCAAAGAUUAUUCAGAUUCUUAGUUUUAUAUUCCAUCAAUAAGAUCUUAACACCGGUUCAGUAUUGCCAGAAAGGAAGAUGGCUGCCUAAUGAGAGAACAGCACUUCCUGGUGUUUUUCUCGUGAUGAGAUCACUGCCUGACAUGAUAUGGCAGCAGGCAGGUAAAGCUACAUUUUCCUGUAUCUUUUGUGGUAGACAGUGAAUGAAAGGAGAAUAAGACAAAUUUCUGACAAAUCUUGUUCCAGCUCUCUUCAUAACUGGCUGAUCAGGCAUUGCUGAGAAAACAUGAUCACUGUUCAGAAUCAUUCUGGACUCCACAAAAAUGUAUGCAUAAUUAGGUGAACAAGGUGAUUGGGUUUUGAGGUUGCAUUUUGAUGUCAUAAUGCUGUUCUCUGUAACUUUGUAUCAGAAUAAUUCAUUUAUAAAUAAGAUGUGAAUUUAUACAAAUUUAACUUUCUGAUGAAUUUAUUAUUGUGUGGAAUAAGUAUGGCUUUGGAGACCAUGGCACAAGGGUUUUUUCACUAUGUAUCAUAUGAUGCACUGUUAAUGGAGUCAGUGAACUGGAUCAUGGGCUUUUUAUCCUGCUAGGAGGUAAAAUUAUACCAUUGACCAACACUGCCAGUAAUAAAACAUUUAAUGUGUGACGUUAAACAUAGAGGAGAGGUAAAAUGGAAAUCUAAAAAUCUGGUUCAAAAAAAUAGCAAAAAACCUAAAAUUUGGAGUGUAUUUAAAGAGUGGUAAAUCAAGGAGGAAAUCACUACAGAAUGAAAUCAAUGUAAAGUAUGUGACAUUUGAUGAACAACUUAACAAAAAUGUUAUUGUAAAUGAAGUAAGACUAUUAAGCUGUGAAAAUAUGACUUUUUGUGUGUGUGUGUAUUGGUAGAUUUUUCUUUAAAUAUACUUUGAAAAUGCAAAGGUUGAAAGCUAAAGAUGCCACCCUGAUCUUUCUAAAUUUUAUGUCCACAUUAUCUGGUAGAUGGAUUUUGACUAUUAAUUUGGUUUUGUAUGUUUUCUCUGUGUGAUAUUUGUGCAUUAUUAGAUGACUAGACUGGCCAAGGCAGACCUGUUACACUUGCCUGAGUUAGGCAUUGUUUGCCAUGCCACUAAACCUGCCGCCAAGUGAAACCUUCAUGGGGGAAAUGAGAUCGAAGUCUGACCUGCUGAAGAUGGACGCCCUGUCUCUGUUUUUAUUUUAUUUUGCUUUAUUUCCUUUGUUUCUUUUAUUUUUAUUUUAUUUUGUCCCUUUUUUGUUUUGUUCUGUUAAAUCUCUUUCCCUUGUACAUGUGAACUGGUACUUCAGUUCUGUAAAAUGAUGUUUGUAAAGGGUUCACAGUGUUUGAUUUUGAAGUUGACUUGAAGCUGCUUAUGAAUGGUGGAUGGUAUACGGAGAAUUUAGAAUAUGAUUCGUUUUUAGUGCUCUGAAUUACAGAUAAAUUUGAUUUGGAAUUUGUUUAAGUAUCUAAAUUCAGCAGAUGAGUACAUUGUGUCAGAAGGUAGGAAUAGUGUUUAGAGAUAUAUUCUUCCAUAUGUUGAGCUUUAUGAGUUUAUCUUGGAAAAGGACAGCUAAAACUCUUACUUCUGGAGAAAGCAACUUCAGAAAGUAAAGUCAUAAUAUUUCUCUGCUACUUUCCCUAAGCAGAGUGUUCUAUUUUAUGUUGCACCAGCUAUUUAAAAGAAAGCUUACUAUUUAUGUCUAACAUGAUGAGUUUAAAAUAAUUAUUUCUGAAAUUGAAAUUUUAUAAAUAUUGAAUGUCAUGAAAUACUCAUUUACUUCUGAUGAAACCUUGCUCCAGUGAGGUCAGUGGUAGUAAGAUUUCAUCUUUUUUUUCUGUAGCUUUCAGAAAAAACUAUUUACCACUCAUAAGUACAAAUGCAGCCUGAAGUUUUGGUUGGAGUGUGUUAUGUGAGACACCUUGUCUUUUAACACUGUUACCUGUGGGAAGAUUGAAUCAGUUCUCUUUGUGUGCGUGUGUGUGUUGCACUUUGACAUGCUCUAGUGGUGAUUAUUUCAGGAAGAUGUUCUAAAAAAAACACAAGUUAGGAAAAAAAAAAGGGGUUUUCCAAUCAUCCCAGAGUCUCAGAAGCCCUGGCAGUUCAUGCUGGAGUGAUUGAUCCCUAAAGGAUGUUCUUCUUGUGAAACAGAAGCCCUGAAACAGAAGUGGUGGUGGACAAAGUGGUGUGUCUAGUCCUCAGACACCGCUCUUCCCAGCCAGCUGCACUGGGGUCUCUUGGUUUCACUCCUUUUACCAGACUCUGCACUGCAGCUGGGAAGAGCUUUGAUUUGUGAUCUUUGUUGGAUUUGGCUGUGACAGUUGUAAUUGCCAGUAACUGUAAUCUCUUUAUUCCCUUCUGCUAAAUCCGCUAAGAUUCAUGAGUUGGAUCUAAUAGAAAUUAUUUUAUUUCUAAUCAUAUGUAUUCUAUUGAUGUAAAAUAGCAGGAAAAUAAUGAUCUUUUUAAUGUUUAGAGUAGACUGUAAACUCUUCACUGUUGUUAAAACAAGCAAACUUGUUACUGAGCACUUUUGGAUGUGAGGGUUAACUCUGUAGGUUCACUAUGAAGAGUUGGAAAUUAAUUUCUUUUGAGUGCUUGAGGAUUAAAAAUACUGUCAUUAGUACUUGUUUGAUGCAGAUGAUUCUGUUUAGCCUUCAGCAAAAUGGGUUCUAGUAUGGACUAGGUUGUCUAGGGUUCUUUAGACUAAUGGUACAAAAAAGUAGCAAUCAUAGCAGUGCCUUUAAGCAACGUUCUUUUGCAAAGGGGAAAAUCAAUAAAUGAUCAUAAAACCUGUAGAUUACUAAACAGAAGACCUUCUAAGAAAUCUGUUUAAGGAUGUGGUAUUGAUACGGCAUAAUUAUUUUGACUGUUCCCUCAUUAGAAAAUAAAUAUCUUCACCUCAUUCUUAUUCAGAUUUUAAAUACUGUGUUCUAUAAAUCAAAGUAUUAUUUUUAAACUAAAUUGUCCUAAACUGUUUUGUCAUAACCUGCGUUUUUUGAUGUAUUCAGUAGGCUUGUAUUUCCUUUACAAAUACAGUCACAGAGGUAAAACAGCAAAAUUUAAAGCUUUUAACUCAUGAAGUUAUUUGGACUCACAUGUUAAUUUGUUUUUCAAAACUAUUUAAAGAAUAUGAAGGUAGAUACUCAAGAUACUGCAGAUUUAUUUUUGUUCCUGCACAAUAGUGUUCUGUAGAAUUCUUUUAAAACUUGACCUGGACUUAAAAACUGGAAAAGUUAUUCUGAAGAGACAGUGUCAUUGAAUAUACAGGCAAAUUUUCAGGGUUCUAUCUAUAGAAAUAGACCAUUUCUCAUUCUUGAAAACAAAAUAAAUGAAUCUUUCUUUGUGGUGUGGAACUUACCAACUUGAUUUUUGUAUUUAAAAUAGAACUUUACAUUGUUGAAAGACCAAAGUAUUCUGGAAAUAAUGCUGCAAACUUUACAAUUUACAUAUGCAUGCUGUUCAUUCUGUGAGCUGCAGUAGUUUUGAACUUACCUGCAAUGUUCAGUGAAUUUCUUGAACAAUGUUUCAGCAAGUUAGUUAUUUCAGUGCUAUGAUCCAUAUACUUAAAGUUUAGGCUUCUACUGAAGUCGCUUUGUGAACUUGAGUCAUUGUCUGUCUUAGUUAUAUUUGCGUAACUGAGCUCCUGUUUAAAAGGACCAAAUGCCUAAGCAUUUUAUAAGUUUACCUAGUUAAGUGUGUAUUGAAUUGGCUGUAUUUAAGUGCAUACUUAAAUUAGGCAUAUAUUUAUGUACAGUACUGACCAAGGAUCUCAGUUAGCAUGCAGGCGCACCACUAUCAGAGCCAUUUCUACCAUUGGAUUUAAUUGUGCCAUGUCUCUUGAUCCACAGAAACCUGCAUGAGUAGCUGUUUAAUUGCAAGAUGCUAACUGUCCAGGAUAAGUUCUGGUUCAUUACUCAUUUGAAAAAACUUUACUACUUUGAUUUUCAGAAGAACUAGUACAUAAUUCUGUGCCUAAUUUGCAUGCACAUCUGCUGGAACUGUAGAUUCAAAAGCCUGUUAGUAGGCUUACAUAUUAGGCAGGGUACGCAAAGUGCCUGAUACUUUUGAGCAGUCAGGCAAAUCAGGUACACCUCUCAUUGCAUGCCCAACUUCAAAAUGAGAUCUGUUAAAAGUGCUGAACAUUGUGAUGGUAGCUUAGAUUCAUGCUUGUUUUUAAAAAAAGUCCUGGAAGUCGUUGUUGCACAGUUAACUGCUAAGCGCUAAUAAUUUUCCUAUUUUUCUCUCUUAGUUAGCAAAAUCAUGUGGUUUCUUACAUGUUAAAUUGCAAGGUGUCUCAAAAUUUAACAUAAAUAAAAUAAAUGUAAAUAGGAAGAAUUGAAAAAAAGGGUACUGAUAUUUUAUCUGUUCUGUUCCAUCCAUGCUACAUAUAAAUUAAGUUUCAUUUAGAUUUGUUUUGUCAUUCUGUCAUAUCCAGCUGUAACCCAAACUUUCCUGUAGAUCUGUAGAGCAGGUUUGCAGCACUUGUUUCUUUUCAUUUUUUUAAAUUAGUAUGUAUUCUGUGGUGUCAGUUGGAACUCAUAUCGCUAAACCUGCUUGGUGUUUUGAAACCUACCUUGAAUUUUCCUUUUUGAUAAGAAUAUUAAUUUUCAAAUUUUGGAUGUAGAUGUUUUGUAGUUAAAACAUGCAGUUUUAAUCAAGGCAGGAAACCACUGGCACGCUUUUUAUGUAUUACUUGACUAUUAAAACAAUGUUGAAAUAAGAGCAUUUACUUACAUUCAGAUCCAUGGGGUAAUACAAAGGACUCAGCAUAUGUACAGUUAUGCUGAACAGACUAUAAAUACCAGGGUAGUUAGAAGUUCUUCACAAGUUUUUUUGUUUGGUGUUUUAUGUUUGUGCCAGUUUUAAUCCCUUUGCAUUUCAAAUUUAAAAGGUACAUUUAAUUGUAAUCAUAAUUGUUUAACAUUUAAUGGUUUUGGUUUUGGAGAUAUUUUGGGGGUUCAUUUAGUAGUCUAAUCAUGGCUAACAUUCAAUGAAACCAACAUUUAAUUCAGAUUAGUUAUUACUUACUUUUGGCAUUGCAGGAGGACUAUAAUCAGGUUAAAAUAGCAGGAAGUACUUAUGUUGGAAAAAUAGAGCUAGCUUAGCCUGAUCAAUUAUGAUUUUGUUCAAUCUCAGUAAAUUUAGAGUUAACUCUCCAGUUUCGGAUAAACUGAGGUGACUAGAAUAUGGGAGUACAAAUCUUAAGUUUUUUCUACUCUUCCUUCCUCCACCUUCAACUUCACUAGUAGUAUGUAUUCUGUGCAGUCACAGUAGUUCAGUAAUUUAUUAUUUUAUGUUUUAUUUAUUUUUUUAUUUUUACAUUCUAAGUAGGUAGCACCAGAGGAAUAAAAAAAAAAGAGCACAAAUUUCAGUCAGCACAUACUUUGGUUUUUUCUUUUUUCCUUUUUUUCCCCCUUUUUUUGUUUUUUGUUUUGGUUUUCUUUCUUUUACUGAUUUGGUUAUUUGCCAUUUCUGGGGAUUAAACUUUAAAAAAUGUUCUUCUUUUCUGUAUCUGAUGUUCUGUGUGCUAUUAGUGAUGCAGCCAACACGAACGGUUGUCAUGUGUAAAACAACUUUCGAUCACCGCGAAAACACCGCCCUGGGAAAGCGUCCAUGCUUGAUAUCGUUUGGUUCAUGAACGUUAAGUUUCCAGUACAGGUAAAAUCCCAGAUGAAGCCAAAGCCCUGUCUCUAUUGGCGCCUGCUCCUACUAUGACAAGUCUGAUGCCUGGUGCAGGGUUGCUUCCUAUACCUACACCAACUCCCUUGACUACACUUGGUGUUUCACUUGGUACCUUAGGGGCUAUACCAGCAGCAGCAUUGGAUCCUAACAUUACUGCACUGGGAGAAAUACCACAACCACCAAUUAUGGGAAAUGUGGAUCCAUCCAAAAUUGAUGAAAUCAGGAGAACAGUCUAUGUUGGAAACUUGAAUUCCCAGACUACAACAGCAGAUCAGCUGCUUGAAUUCUUUAAGCAAGUUGGAGAAGUCAAAUUUGUCCGAAUGGCAGGUGAUGAGACACAACCAACACGAUUUGCUUUUGUGGAAUUUGCAGACCAAAAUUCUGUACCUCGAGCUCUUGCCUUUAAUGGAGUUAUGUUUGGAGACCGGCCACUAAAGAUAAAUCACUCCAAUAAUGCAAUAGUGAAGCCUCCUGAAAUGACACCACAAGCUGCUGCCAAGGAGCUAGAAGAAGUGAUGAAGAGAGUAAGGGAAGCCCAGUCUUUUAUUUCUGCUGCUAUUGAGCCAGAGUCUGGAAAGAGCAGUGAAAGAAAAGGCGGUCGAUCUCGUUCCCAUUCUCGUUCAGAAUCCAGGUCUAGUUCAAAAUCCCGAUCUAGAAGGAAAAGAUCACACUCAAAACACAGAAGUAGAUCUGGCAACAGAUCUCUCUCAAGACACAAGGACAGACGCAGAUCCCGAAGUCCUCUGAAAAAACGGUCUAGAUCUACGGAAAGACGGAAAUCAAGAAGUCAUUCUCGUUCUCGGGACAAGAAAAGAGACAAAGAAAAGAUGAAAGAAAAAGAAAAGGCCAAAGAAAAAGAGAAAGACAGAGACCGAGACAAGGAGAAGGAUAGGGAUCGAGACAAAGACAGGGAAAGAGAGCGAGAUAAAGAGAGAAAUAGGGAGAAGGACAAGGAGAGAGAUAAAGAGCGAAGCAAAGAUAGAGAGAGAGCCCGAGACAAAGACAGGGAGAGGGACAAGGAUAAAGAUAGGGACAAGGAAAAGGAAAAAGAUAAAGAUAAAGAAAAAGACAAGGAAGAGGUAGAUCAUAACAAAGAAAAAGAAGAUACUGAGAAAGAAGGAGAGAAGGACAGAGAGAAGAUUAAGGACAAAGGAGGGGACAAAGAAAAGGACAGAGACAAAGAAAAGGAAAAAGAUGGAGAUAAGGAGAAGGAGCGAGAAAAAGAGAGGGAUGAUAAAAAGAAGAAGGAUAAGAGAUCCAGAACACCCCCAAGAAGCUAUAGCUCUUCAAGAAGAUCUCGUAGCUCCAGCAGAGAAAGGCGUAAAAGGAAGAGCAGAAGUCCUUCCAAAUCUCCUAAAACAUCAAAAACAGCAAAAAGAAAGUCUUCACGAACUCCUUCUCCAAGAAGAAACAAGAAAGAAAAAAAAAGAGAAAGAGAUACAAAUAAUGAAAGAAGAGAAAGAGAAUGCUCUACUUCCAAGAAAAAAAGUAGUAAAGAAAAAGAGGGGAAGGAGAAAUCUGACAAAAGCACCACUGCUUUGAAGGACAAAGAUAACAAUAAAGAGGAUCAGAAUUCAGAAGCUGACAAGGAAGUAGACAAUAGAGAUACACAAAGGACAGAUGAAGUCAAGCUACAACAGAACGGAAAUUGUCAACCAAACGAGGAAAAUCUCUCAAUUAAAAUGGAAGAGAUUUAAAGCAAAGAAUGGACUUCUAAUUCAACUAAGGAAUGAAAUCCAAAGCAUUUUAUUUCCCAGAAUGAGGAAGAAAAUGUCAAAGCAAUCAACCUGAACGUGUUGAUAGUACUAGUAGCUCCUCCAGUUCAUGUGAUAGCUUUGUUGUCUUCUUGCUGUAAAGCAAGAGAGCACAGACCAGUAGUUAAUACCAUGAAAAGGCAGAUGCCAUCAGAACUAUUCAUCUCUGAAAAUCCAUCCAUUUCCAUGAUGGCUGUACUUGUAAAAUGAUUUAUGUUAAGUUUUGCUAUAGGCUGUUACAAAUAACUAGAAACUGAAAGAUGUAAACCUGUACUUCCCAAAAAAAGCUGAAGAUAUGCAUUGAAGGUUGUUUAAAAUACUGCUUGUUGAUGACUUUUGUAUUGUUUUGCCCUGUAGGUUAAAAAAUCCACAAAAACUUUAAUGUGUGCUGUUUGAUGUGCUUGAAAAUGGUGCAUAAAUAAACACACUUCCUUUCUGUUGUAAAUGACAACUGUAGGGAAAGGGGGUGUAAGCAUAAACAUGGUUUUACUGUUCUUAUGUUAAAUACUCACAGAUUAGUAUGUUUUUCAUUUGCUCACUGCUUGAGAUUCUUAGGGUUUAUUAUUUAAAAUAAUUUCUUACUAAUAUCCCUGAAAUUAAUAUUUCUUUUAAAGUAUGUGAACAAUGCAUGCGCUUUUUCUGUUCCUAGAAAGAACAUUGCCAUGUUAUAGAUAUUAGGUUAGCUUACAGGAUUAUUUUGGGGUUGUUUUUUUUUUGUUGUUUUAUUUGUCCGUAGAGAAGUGAGCACAUCUAUAUGAUGAUACCAGAACUUACAGCUUUGUUUUGCAAUGUUCUGCAGUGUGUCUGUUCAGCUGAAAAUAGUACAGGUGCCAUUAAGAAAAUAAAUUUUUCCUUUUUGUUAAAAAAAAUAUGGGAGCACAAGCAGAAGCUUUAGUGCCUUCUUAAAAUGUGGUAUUUUCUAGAAAUGUAUAUGUGCUGUUACACAUUUUUAGCUAAAUCUUAUAUGAUCUCUCUUGCUACUUUGCCACCACCAUACUGUAGACAAAAAUGCAAGUGACUUGCCAGAAUGGUUGUUUUAUUCACUUGUUAAAAUAGUGAAGCUCCAUUUUACUUUUAUUUUUUAUUCUUAGAAGAGAUUUAUAAAUAAGAGAAAAGAUGUAAUCUGGGGACCACCACUGUACAAAAGUAGUAGCUGAAUACAAAGUGUGCUCUGAUCACCUGCAUCAAAGAAAGCUCUUAAGACAUAUAAUAUACAUUUGGAUGGCCUUAACUGUUACCUCUCUGUUAUUUUCUCUGAUACCUGUUGGGCGAUGUUAAAGGAAUGGCAUGCAAAGAAAUGGGGGAUAAAUAAUUUGAGGAAGAAAGUUCUAAUUUAUGCAGGGCUUACAUAGGAGAGAUUCUUUUAUCAUUUUUUGUGGAGAAAGCAUGCAAGAAGGGAAUCACAAAACAAGUGGUUUUGUCUUGGCAAAACAUACCUUUUGUUCUUCGGAGUAAUUGAAUCGGUUAUAUGAGAUUUCUGAUAAGUUACGCUUUUAAGACAUAAUUAUAGCUAAAAUUGCAUAGAUUAUUUUUAAUACAACUUAAUGCAAUCAAAUUAUUAAUUGCCUUACCUCAUGGGAAGUGUUAUUUCUUUCAGUUAAAAUAAAAAACUAAGUGUAUUGGCUAUUUGCUUUCUACUUGUUUUACUUUUCCUCCGCAUAGUUAGUUUUUUCAGUGGAAGGGAAGCAUAUUACAGGAAAUGAAAACUUUGCCCAACUCCUAAGGUAAUGAAAUCCAGUUUGAUUGUGAAGCUGCUUAAUCACUCAUUUUAUAUAAGAUUUAAUGUUCUUGCCACUGUGUACAUUUAAGACAACAGAAAAUGCUUUACCAUGUAAAGUAUAGAACAGCCAUUUUUGUGAUGUUUAAGCCACAUGCUGUUGGCUGGUAAACAGCUCAUUCUGAUAAAAGAAUAAAAAAUUGUAUGCUUACAGGAAGACUGUGAAAGAUUGUGUCUUGCAACAACAGCUGUCUUAUUUAUGAUGUGUAAGUAGCAUAGAGCAAAGAGAUUGUUUGUAUACUUGUUAUCUUUGGUACCAUUUCACUAAUAAAGUAAGUAUUUUAGAGGGA